GGAGGUUGCAUAUUCGUACCGUCGUCAUCACAACCAAGAACAAUCUCAUUCCCAUCCUCGUCAAACACAGACUUACGUCUUCUUCGACUCGGCGACUUGGGCAGCGCAAUCUCAAAUCCUUCCUCUGUUAUGCACGAUCCACGACGCUGUCUCACACCGUUUGUCUCAGAGGAAGUGCUCUUGGGAACGCACAUGUUGCUGCUGACGACGAAGCAGCGUCCCUCGACACCAACUGUUCGCAUGAGGCCAAGCCAUGCAUCGCGGUUGUCAGCUGUAGGCGCAAGGUAGAGAUUGAUGUUCUGAGCGUAGAGCGAUUGGCGAAGGAGCGGCAUGUAGUUUUCCCAGCAGAUUGCAGCGGCGAGAUUGAUGCGUAUGCCGCGGAUGGUGGUUGUCACGGCGCGGAGGGUGCUGGGUGAGCCUUGAGCCCAGAUGAGGCGCUCAGAGCCAGUCUGUAACUGUUAGUCCACCUCAUUGAUAUGCAGUAGAGGAGGAGGGGAGGUCUUACAGGGAGGACUUUGCGACGCUUUCCAAGCAUACCCUGCUUGGGACAGACAUAAACAACAGAGCAAUACAAGCUCCCACCCGCCUUCUCAAUACACCCCACCACGAUAAAAACACCCGUAUCCCUCGCAAUGCGCUCCAACUCCUCGCGCGAGCCAUCACCACGGACUUCAUCCUCCUCACCAAGCUGUCUCUUCACCCACUUGAUCCCCGCACCACCACCGCCAGGCCCAACGGUGUCUCCAAGAUCAAUAGCAGAAUCGAAGUAGCGAGCGAAUUCAUCGCGCCCUUCUGCACUGCGAUUACCAAUCUCGCAGCCGAAGGAGCUGCCGCGGGGAUACCCACCGAUGAAGGCCUCGGGGAGCAGGAGGAUGUCGAUGUGUGAUGAGGAUGCGCGCUGGGCGAGGGUGUCGAUGAGGGCGAUUGUGGAGGCGGUGGAGGAUUGGGUGCCUGGGGAGGCGGUUCCAAGACGGAUAUGACCAGCUGCAGCCAUUUUGAAUCACUUAGACAUAAACACAGAUACAGAAAGAUGUUGGGGUAGAGGAGUGGUUAUAUAGAUCAGCUGAGGAUGGCAUGCUCAGCAACGAGCGGGGAAACCAAACCAAGCCAGCCCAUUUCUAUCUACACAGUAUUAAAUGCUUCAAUGGUUUUACCCAGCGGAUGCCUCGGCGCUUCUUCCAGCAUUGGUCUGUAAGAUAAACUGUCACUGGGUCUGUAAAGGACUAAAGGUUCAUCUAGGCUGAGUGAGAGGUUGGAAGCUAGACCAUCUUUGAAGCUACCCCGCAUAGGUAGACAUGGAGAUAUGCGGCCCGCUGCGGCAUCAUGACUUCGGGCUUCGGGUCCGAAGUGGGAGGCGAUGUCGGAUGAGAUGUGACUUGAACUGUGGAUAGAAGCUGUGGUGAUGAGUCUACUUGAUAAUGGGGAUACAAGUUAGUCACUGGUCUGGCCGAUGUGCGAGUUAAAGACUCAUGUUGCUCAUACGAGGAGCAUUGUUGUGAGACAUGGUCAAGCAGUAAGCAAUUUGCACUGGGGUGUGAGGUGAAACUUUGUAAAUGCCAUCAAGGUGAAGGUCAUCAUCACCUUGAAAGACAGUUGUUGCCCGGUAGAUACCACAGCCUUGCAAGUCAAACCACUUCGCAGAACAGUAUAUAUAUAACAAGUUCCAUUUUCUGUAACUGUGACAUUUUGCUCAAUUCGUCAUAACUCUUAAUACUUUUCUCACAUACAGGGUAUUCUUCCACGCUCUAUCUCCUCCUCGUACUCCGUGUCGUCGCAGGCGCCGGCUCAAACGCAUCAUCAUCAUCAUCCGAAAUCUCAUCAUCGCUAAUCUCAACAGCCUUACUCUGCGUCCCGCCCUUCUGCGACUGUGAAAAGUUCAACUUUGUCUGCCGUGUACUCUUAGCCGCUCCUCGAGUCGCCGGAGCCUUGGCGGUGCUCUUCGCAGUGGUUCGUCGUGUCUUUGGCGGAGGUGGUGCGGGCUCUUCUUCUGACUCCAUGAUCACGUCUUCUUCCUCGUCUUCACUGUCUUGGAAUGCCUUGCGGCCUCGUCCCUUUGCAGGGGCCUUUUUGGCUGGUGCUGCUUUUGUGGCGCGUGUUGCUCGCUUCGCUGCUGGCUUCUUGGUGGGCGCAGGGAGUGGCUCAUCAUCGUCCAUCAAGCCCAUUUCAUCGUCUUGCUGAGUCGCUUUGGCCCGUCCACGUGCAGGUUUGCGUGCUGGUGCAGGUGCGGGUGCAGAUGCACGUGAAGAGGUCUCGGCCUGUUGUUCAUCCUCGUAUGUCCAGGCAUCUGGCUCAUUCUCCCAGCUGCCAUCAAAGUCACUGUCCCAAGUCGCUGGCUUUGGCUUGAGAACUCGCUUUCUCUCCGCUCGGGCUGUCUGCAUGCCACUAGCUUGCUGUUGCUCGAUCCUCAUUCGAUAGAUAUCCAUGGCACUGUUGAGAUCUUCGUCAUCUGACUCUAAGCCCAGCAUAGAUCGGACUUGUCCCGUUAGGUGUUCUGAAACAAACAGCUCCAUCGCGUGCUUGUCAUCCUUUGUCACGAAUUGAGUGACAGCAUCACCAAAAGGCCCUUGAGGAAGGACCUUGAGUGAUUGCGCCGACAGAAAGUCUUGCACCAGAUUCUCCACCUUGACCAUGUCAUCAGCACCAUCGAGGGCCUCAAUUGCUGCUGUUGGGUUCGCAGCAUUUGCCUUGCCUGCAUGUUGUCAGUGGAAUGUCUAUCAAGUUGCGACAUUGACUUACGCUGUGAUGUCUUUUUGCGGUAAAAGUAGACAACAUCAUUCGUGUUGGCCACCUUACCAACAAAUCGAUUUGAGAAUCUUUGGGGAUUCUCAACCUCAAACUGACCACCUUCCGUGGCCGUGUACUCCACCUUCAGACGAAUCAGCGGAAGAGGUCGUUCUUCCAGAGCCUCUUCAUCCGUCUGAAUGGCCUCCCAAUCUGCAUUAGCCUCCUCAAUCAUCUCCUCAACCACCUCCAUCAGUCUUCGUGUCACCUCUUGGCGAUUGUCCUUCUUCUUGUCAAGUCCUUUGAAGCGCUUGUCUUGCGAAAGGAUGACUUCCCGUGUGACAAAGGGACGCACACUCUUCAGUGGCAGCUUGUCAACCUUGAAAUCUUUGCCUGUCACGCUCACAAUAGCAACGUGCUUCUGAACUGCCUCGCCGGGCACAAGUGAAGUUGCGACAGAUGAACCGGGCUGCAUAACGUGAAAGCCUGUUUCGGGGUUCUGUGUAGGGUCGAUCAAACAUUCGUGCUCGUGACCCCAGACUACAAGGUCAAGCCAAUCGGGUAAAACAUUCUCGGGGAGGUAGGAUGUGGCUGUAUGCGCAUGGUGAUUCUGGUGAACAGCCAACAAGUUGAACCAGUCAGCCAUCUGGGUUUCGGGUCGGAACCACUUGACUUUGUGAUCUCGGAAAGUACGGAACAUUCGCUCGUCUCGAACAUUGCUCAGUCCAAACAAGGCAAGCUUUGUGAGACCCUUCUGUAGCAGAAUCGGCUUGGCCUCGAUGUUGUCUGCCUCAGGGACACGGCCGUAGUAAUUGAGCAGUCCACUUGCUUGCAAAAGAUCAAGGGAGCAGAAAUUGCCUUCUCCAGAAGGAUCAUCAUGAUUGCCAUGGAUCGAAAAUACGGGGAUGGAGAUGUUGAUGUCGGGGUCUUCGUAGUUGACAUGCGUGAAUGCACCUUCAAAAACAGAUGCAGCAUCGGAGAGAAAUUCGAGAGGACAGGGUUUCAUGCCCAAGCAGUUCUGUCGGAGUGUACGCAUGACCUGGUACAGGGACUUUCGGGAGGGUUUGUUGUCGUGAAAGAGAUCGCCAGCGAGGAGAACCAUAUCGACCUGUUCAUAUUAGAAACUAUGAUUGAUAUCAAGGGCGAUGGGCCGUACAUCUUCAGUCCGGGCAAGGUUCAAAAUUUCAUCAAAAGUUCUCCAACUGUCAUCCCUACGAAUGGGGUCUCGCUCUUCAUAACCGACAUGAUUGUCGGUUGCCACGAGGAUACGAAUGGUAUCCGCCUCUACGGUUGUUAGCAAGAGCAGUAGUGAUACUACACUAACAUAAAGACUCACCGGUGAACUCGGGCAUCUUGUACAGCUUACAAUUUGUGCGACACAAUCGAAUUGAGCUGUGACAUGUGUGUGGAUGAAAUGGAUGUGCUUUACGCGGGCUGUUUCAGCGAGACGCGAGCAGUAGCUGGGAAGGUGACGCGCCCCAAUGCGAGGUCACGUGCACAUCAUCUACAUCCACCUCACAGCUGAACAAUAAAUGGCCAUGACCUCAAAAGUGACUGCUCAUCUUUUCCAAGCUGCAAAAAGCAAAGAAUGCGGGCUCUAAACUCUGACGCCAGCCGUUGAAUGGCAGCGGGAUCUUGCAGCAGGUGUUCAACCACGAGUCAGUCACUGAUUGAUUGAUUUGACAGGUACAAAAGACUAUUCGUCCAACAUCAGACCACGUUUCGACCCAUCAUCUCAGCACUAACACAAGGCCUCGGUCUCGUUCCGCACUAGACUCCGUGGCCCGUCCCUGUUCCUGAAAGUUUCCCACAGGCGAUGUCACCAUCACACGUUUAGCUACAUGCAAAUAGACGGGCGUUGGGUUUCUCACUGUAACAUUGUCAUUGCUGUUUCUGCGCCUCGAUACGCGAAGUCCACUUCCACGGCGAGGGAGAUUGAUAGGAUGAGGCCAUUAUCAUAAGCGGGAUGUGGAGAUUCUUGGUUUGGUCCACCUGCUGCUGCGCGUGCGUGCGUCCUGAGACUCGCGAUCUCGACCUUGUACUGUAGAGUUGAUCCAAACAACGUGGCACAGCAUCUUCUCCUUUCUUUUCUUUUUUUCUGUAGUAGUGUAGUAUUCACGAUGCAAGGGGAUAUCGAGAUAUAUUUGCUUUUUAUAUGUUUCAAUCCACGGCGACUCUGUAUUUCUCUCACAUAAUUCUCCUUCUCUUUUCAUCCUUUCUUCAACUCGUCAACACAGACCAUGCUCUGCCCCGACCAACAUCAUCAGAUGCUUCAUUUGGCUGGUCCCGUAUGCCCGAAACUACCACCUUCCUGGUCGACUCACAUAUAGCAAGCAAAACCACAGAGGAAAAAAAGAGCUCAAACCACCGUUACUUGCCAUGAUCCUAGCUGUUCAAUCCCUGGAAAAGCGUGCAGCUCACGGACCCGUGGGUGCUGGAUCAGUGAUUGCGACACAAGAUACGAUUGGCUUGGACUCUAGCAUCGAUCCUUUCUACUGUGCAAGACCCCAUUGCGAUUUGAUUUAGUAAUUCAGCUGCUCCAGGGCUGGUCCUUGACGACGCCAUCGUAAGAUACAUUAUACCUUGUUGAUGCUCCCGCGAUCACACCUCCGCUUUCAAUAUCCGCAUCUAAGCAACCAACUCCUAUUCCAGGUCACUCGACCCCUUCUCCGCUCGAGGGGGCGAGGGAGUACUUAUCUACAUGCGUUGUUCAUGAUUCCGUGUUUCAAGGCCUCUGCUGUUCUUAUAUCACUGCCCAACUUUCGCUGUUCGAAUCCAGCUUGUACAGCAAUCAUCCCUACACUCGCCUUAUACCCACGUCCCUGGACUUACAGCCUAACUUGACCAUCAUAUCAUACCAUGCAUCUCGUUGCAAGGAUGGACCGGGAUGUCCUCCACGGAGGGAAUAUCUGGUCUCCCAGCCCAAUCUUCCAGGCGGAGGUUCCUUUCUUUUGGCGGAAGCGACGGCAGCUUUCCAUUGGCGAUCUUCCCGUCGAGAUCUUUACCGCCAUAUGUCGCAAUCUCUGUGUGCAUUGCCAGCAUGCACAUGUUGUCGAUCUCCCGCCAGAUGAGAUCGACCACGCCAUUGAGGCUCAGCAGGCUUUAUCUCGCUUGAGCCGCACGUGUCGACGUUUUCGAAAUACAGCCCAGCCUAUCCUGUAUCACUGUUAUCACUCCGGAAGACAGUCGAAUUCUUCGAGUAGUCCUGAGUGGUGGGGUGAUACCGAUGCCAGGAGACGAGAAGUUGAGACUCUUGAGGGGUUUCUUCGUACCCUUUUUGAGAGGCCUGAUUUGGCCAAGCAUGUUCGUGCUUUGGCAUUCUUUGCGUUGAGAGAAGUGACUGCUCGUCAUAUCUCCAGAGAAACGCAAGCUCUAUUUCGACAGGCUGGUGAGCGCGCUGGUUUCCGUCCUCUGCCCUCUUAUGAACAUGUCGACUCAAAGUGGUUGCAAGAAGCUUCGAUUAUGGCUGCACCUUUCGUGGAGCAACUACUUAUUUACCGAUCAUCACAAGAAGGACUACAGUACAUAAGAGACUCCCCUUUCUACUUACCAAACCUCAAGUACUUGGUGUUACCAGGCCAGGGCAAGAAUCCUGACGAAUGCUGCCAUAUUCAACAAAUGCAGGAUGUCCUAGCAAAAGCACAGAACCUUGAAGUAUUGGCAGCCAGCGACGCAGACUGCGGGACGGACAUCCCCCUUCGCGAACGCUUCCGUUCAGAACCAUGGGACACCGCCCUCGCAAGCCUCCGCCGCCUAUCACUCCACGGCCUAGAUCCCGAUAACCUCGCCAAAAUCCUUCGCCGAAGUCCAGUUCUCGAAGAUCUCGAAUACUUCUGCGACAUGGACAAAUACACCGUUCUCCAACAUCACCACCUCGCCCCCGUUAGUCAAUCACUACGACGUUUAUGCUACACCAGCACAACUUGGGAGCACACAUCGGGCGGCGCACAAGAUAUCAUCGAACAAGUGUCCACGUUUCUCCGCUGGGACUCAUCACUCCGCGGCGACGCCAGUUUCGUCGACUUUCCUCGUCUUGAGAUCCUCGAGAUUGAACAACUUCUCCUUUAUGGACCUGUGUUUGACGAUGAAGAAGAGCGAAAGGAAAGAUUCGAAGCGAUGAAAGAUAUUGGGCCAGAGAUUUUCAUGGCUAGUCUACCUUCAUCGUUGCAGAUUCUUCACAUAGGGAUGGUGUUGGCUUGGCCAGAGAUGCACCGUGACUUACUUGGCAUGGCGAACAAGGUAUAUCGGUUUCAGAACUUAAGUGUCGUCGCAGUAGAUCCUUACGAGGCGCCGCCAAAAGAACAGAUCAAAGAACUUGAAGAUGCUUUUGCAUCCAAAGGCAUUGUCUUUAGAAUAGGGCAGACGACACAGGUUCCCUUUGGGAGAGGUAUGUUGGGCGUCAGACCAGGCCACCCAGAAAGAUCGAGUGAAGGAGAUCUCAAGUUUCCGUUGAAUCAUAGGAAUCCGUCAUAUCUGGACUUUUUGGACUUUUAGCUAAUAAAUAUGUCUACGAGUUGAGCACAUGCAAAGAGAUUACUCGGUGAAAUUACGUUGCUGGUGGAUGGAGUGAUGGCCUGAUGCUGCUAUCUCAUGAUGCGAUUUCGGCUCGUCUAACAAGUAUAUGAUGCUAUU